UUAGAUGAUGCAGUUCGGAUCUUCCAAGGGAUGCCGAGAUGGGAUUCGGUGCUCUGCGAUUCAAUGUACUCCGGUUAUGUUCGGAGCAGCAUUGGGGAUGAGGCUAUAAAGCUUUUUGUGGUGGCACUGAGGAAGAGCGUGAUGCCUACAGAGUUCACCUUUGCAACCAUUCUCAACUCGAGGAUGUGUUUCUGUUCAACCGAUCUUGGCAUGCAAAUCCAUUGCUGGGUUUGUAAAACCGGCUUUGAGGCAGAUAUGAUUGUUGCUAAUGCGCUGGUUGACAUGUAUGCUAAGUUGGGUUUCGUUGAGAGUGCCAUGAAGCUUUUUUCCAAGAUGGUUGCUAAGGACUUGGUCUCUUGGAAUACCAUCAUCAUGGGUUUAGCAAAAAACGGGCAAGGUGUAGAAGCUCUUAGAAUCUUCAGAGAGUUGCAAGGGAAUGGUGUCAAGCCAGAUAGGAUAACCCUGGUUGGUGUUCUUUUAGCCUGUAGUUAUGGGCAUAUGGUCCAUGAAGGGAAAAGAAUAUUUUCAUUGAUGGAGAAGAAAUAUGGAGUGAUGAGAGAUCUGAGGCAUUAUGCUUGUAUGGUGGACAUGAUGGGGAGAGCAGGAAUGCUGAAAGAAACAUUGAAUAUCAUAGAGACUUCACCUCAUAGUCAUAGCCUAUCAUUGUGGAACUUGCUUCUUAAUGCUUGUAGGAUUCAUGGGGACUUGGUAUUUGCCACAAUAAUUGCAGAGAAGCUGUUAGAUUUGGAGGCUCGCUUCUCUCUCCCUUACUUAGUGUUGGCUCAGAUGUAUGGAGUAAGUGGCAGAUGGGAGAGCAUGGCUCGUGUGCUGAAGGCCAUGGAAGAGAGAGGUGUCAGGAAGGUUAGGGAGUAUAGCUGGAUUUGCGUUAGGAAGCAUAUCUAUGUAUUUAAGGCAGACCAAUUAUUCCAAUGGGAAGGAAAAGCUGUAUACUCAAUGUUGCAACUCUUGGACUGGGUGAUGAAUGGCGUGGGAUGUGUUCAUGAAGAAUCCACAUUAUAUGGGGAUUGCUGUGGAGAAUGACAUAAAGAAGAGAAAAUGAAAACAGAUUUCUGAAUCUGAUGGUUUUUGGAUGCUUGAUUAUCUAGCCAUCAUUUGACAUCAAUCUUCAGUCCAAAUUUUUGUUGAAUGUGCCAUACCAGCUCAACACAUCCCGACUAAUAUUGCUGACUCCAUUGUGUCCUUACAAGCAUAUAUCAAUAUAUGAUCACUGAAGAUAUACGCUUCAGAUAAUGAGAACAAACCUUUUUUGGAAAGAAGAUGAUUGGAAGAGACUGCUAACUUAUCAACAAAGGCCAUUGAAUGUGUGAAGUCAAAGGUGCUUCCAUGAUUUUGAUAACCAUGGCAACUAGUUGGCUGAAGGAGCAUAUUCUACCCUUCAAAACUAGUAGAUAUGUGGAUGAAGAUGGUGAUAAAGUAAAUUCCUUGGUGUGUCUUGCUGCUGCAGAUAACAUUGUGAUACAAGGUUUGCAGAAUGCUUUCUCUCAAACAUAUUCUGCAUGAACCUAGUGAUUUUUGGUCAAAUAACUUGAAAAAACUAGCUAAUUUAGAAGCCAUCAAAGAUGCCAUUCUCAUUUUUUAAUGUUGUAUCUUUAAUGUUUAUCAUAUUCAUAGAGAGAAGGAAGAGAAGAAAUACCAUCCUUUUGUCUCAA